UCAAAACAUUUUUCAAUUAUUUAUGUAAUUUUUAAAAAAAAUGUUUCCACCACCGGCAAAAAAGACAUUUUGUUCAAUUUGUAAUAAUGAAGUUGACACUUUUGAUCAAAAAGUUGCCUUAGAAAGACAUGUCGUCCAUAAAGAAUGCUUUCGUUGUGGUAUUUGUGAUGUACAACUAAAUCAAGGUUCCUGUUCUUUUGACCACAUUCUCUAUCGCCAUUAUGGGCCAAUGUGGUUUUGUCCAGCACAUAAAAUGCUUGGAUCUGGAGAGAAAUUUGAAUUAUUAAAAGCAAAAUAUGGAGAGCCUAAAGGUUUAAAACAAUAAAAUGAUUGAGAAUUUAAACAAAAUAAUUUUUGGCGAUGAGAUUUUAAAAGGGAAUUUUGUAUAAAUUUAUUUCAAAAAAUUGUUAGAGUUAAAAUGAUAAAAAAAAUUCUUCAACAAGUCCUUUCUAGCAGACUGAUGAGUUGAACGAUAUUAGGUACUACUGAAGAAAAGGGUGCUUUUUCUGCGGAUUUAUUUUGCGGACUUUUCCUUUCCUUCUUUUUCCCUUUUUUUUAAAAGAUAAUGUUUUAGCUUGUAGCAAACUAACUGUCAAAGGAUUAAUUUUUAUUCGCACAAAUAUUUUUGAUUAUUUGUUAUUUGUGAAAUUAAAUGAAAAAAACAGUCAUCUCCUCCAAAUUUCUGUUUCCAUACAAACUCAUUCAUAUAACUUUCAAACGUUGUUUCAGCAGUACCAAAUUCAGUUUUAUGUCGUCUUUUCAAUUUUUGCCAUAGGCAUUCAAUAUUCUGGGUGUGUAUUUUUUUGUUGUCCGAGAUCAGUGAUCCAUUGUUGAAAUUCAUCAUUGGGUAAUUUAAUUUUAUCAUACAAUUUAGUUAAAGUAAAAUUUUUUAUUGAUUGUAACAUUUUU